GUUGCCGCCGCUGCUGCCGCCGCCGCCGCCGCCGCCGCCGCCGCCUCCAGGAAACACAGGGAGCGGGAUCCAGCGCAGCGUGGCGAUGGGCAGGAGUAGAACCCCGCCAGAGAGGCUGGGCGGCCGCCGGUGACAGACUGUGCUCUGUUUACCGCACCUCCUGCAUGUCCUGCUGCCCUGAGCUGUCCCGAGCUAGGUGACAGCGUGUCUCGCUGCCACCAUGAACGAGGUGACUGUCAUCAAAGAAGGCUGGCUCCACAAGCGCGGUGAAUACAUCAAGACCUGGAGGCCCCGGUACUUCCUGUUGAAGAGCGACGGCUCCUUCAUUGGAUACAAGGAGCGGCCCGAGGCCCCUGACCAGACCCUGCCCCCCUUAAACAACUUCUCUGUCGCAGAAUGCCAGCUGAUGAAGACCGAGAGACCGCGACCCAACACCUUCGUCAUACGCUGCCUGCAGUGGACCACGGUCAUUGAGAGGACCUUCCAUGUAGACUCUCCGGACGAGAGGGAGGAGUGGAUGCAGGCCAUCCAGAUGGUUGCCAACAGCCUCAAGCAGCGGGUCCCAGGGGAGGACCCCAUGGACUACAAGUGUGGCUCCCCCAGCGACUCUUCUGCAGCCGAGGAGAUGGAAGUGGCAGUUAGCAAGGCGCGGGCAAAGGUGACCAUGAAUGACUUCGACUAUCUCAAACUCCUGGGCAAGGGCACCUUUGGCAAAGUCAUCCUGGUGCGGGAGAAGGCCACUGGCCGCUACUACGCCAUGAAGAUCCUGCGGAAGGAGGUUAUCAUCGCCAAGGAUGAAGUCGCCCACACGGUCACCGAGAGCCGGGUCCUCCAGAACACCAGGCACCCAUUCCUCACUGCGCUGAAGUACGCCUUCCAGACCCAUGACCGCCUGUGCUUCGUGAUGGAGUACGCCAAUGGUGGCGAGCUGUUCUUCCACCUAUCCCGGGAGCGCGUCUUCACAGAGGAGCGGGCCCGCUUUUAUGGUGCUGAGAUCGUCUCAGCCCUGGAGUACCUGCACUCGCGGGACGUGGUGUACCGCGACAUCAAGCUGGAAAAUCUCAUGCUGGACAAAGAUGGCCACAUCAAGAUCACCGACUUCGGCCUGUGCAAAGAGGGCAUCAGUGACGGGGCCACCAUGAAAACCUUCUGUGGGACCCCUGAAUACUUGGCGCCUGAGGUGCUGGAGGACAACGACUACGGCCGGGCUGUGGACUGGUGGGGGCUGGGUGUGGUCAUGUACGAGAUGAUGUGCGGCCGCCUGCCCUUCUACAACCAGGAUCACGAGCGCCUCUUCGAGCUCAUCCUCAUGGAGGAGAUCCGCUUCCCGCGCACGCUCAGCCCUGAGGCCAAGUCCCUGCUUGCUGGGCUGCUUAAGAAGGACCCCAAGCAGAGGCUCGGCGGGGGGCCCAGCGAUGCCAAGGAGGUCAUGGAGCACAGGUUCUUCCUCAGUAUCAACUGGCAGGACGUGGUACAGAAGAAGCUCCCGCCACCCUUCAAACCUCAGGUCACAUCUGAGGUCGACACAAGGUACUUUGAUGACGAAUUCACCGCCCAGUGCAUCACAGUCACGCCCCCGGACCGCUACGACAGCCUGGGCUCCCUCGAGCUGGACCAGCGGACCCACUUCCCCCAGUUCUCCUAUUCGGCCAGCAUCCGAGAGUGACCAGCACUGCCCGCCGCCGCCGCCGCCGCCGCAGGACGCACGCACGGCUGCCAUCAGCACCGGGGGGCUUUUUUCUUGUUUUUUUUUUUAAACCUUCUAUUUUGCCUUUUUUGUUUGUGUCCCCAUCGGUCACCCCCUUACUCCCAUUUCCAGUGUUUUUUCUUCAGCCCUCUGCCAAACGCACCUCAGCGGCCCAGCGGCCCUGCCUCCAGGAUCCUGGCCUGCCCUCACCUGCGUGCCCAGGCCAGGAUUCGGGGGACUCUCCAUUGUCUGCCCCGGGACCAGGCCUUUGGGCAGUUGGAGAGAUUCCGGUUUUUAAUCACCAUGAAGCCCCCGUGAGGGGUGAAGCGUGGAGCCGCCGGGCCUACCUGAAUUUCUGGCUGGGGCAGCCACAGGCAGCCUGCUUCUGCGUUGCUGUUUCUGUCAGAGGCUGCCUUCUGGUGGGCUGCCCAGUGGACAGCGUCCUGGUGCUGCCUUCCUUGCCCCGUCGUUAGGCUCGGAGCGGCCUCGUGUGGGGCAGUCCAGCCCCCUUCUCCCGUGGGGGCAGCAAAGCAAUAAUGUGCAGGGAGCGGGGGUGGGGGAGUAGGCGUGGGCCUGUGGAAGCGGCGUGCAGGAUUGCUGGUUCAGGGCUCCCUCGUGUGGAUGGGGCCUGCUCCACCCUGCGGGGCGCCAGGAGGAGACGUGAGGAUGGGCACCGCCUGCUGGCCCGGUCUCCGUGACCUCCCCCAAGCCGCGCUCCGGACCCCGUGGAUGAGGCGAGAGGAACAUUCGGGCGCUAGCCUGCCUACCCACCAGCCCCGUGCCUUACCAGGGCUUCCCUCCAGCUGGCCUUACCUCCUGCUGGACCCCGGGCCUGGCCCCGGCCCCUUCUGAGGAUGGAGGCCGGCAUCUCCCCCGUCUCUCUGCCUGGGGUGGAGGGGCGCCAGCCUCGGCUGUUACACAUCUCGCACCGAGACAGUAUUGGGCCCGGUGGACUUGGGUCGAAGAGGGGGUGGGGGUGGGUGUCCGGUACGUACCGAGGGAGGGGGCCUCUGAGAAGGGAGGCUCCUGGCCACCUCACUUCUUCCCCCUCUCCGGGCCCCACUUUCUGCGGCCUUAAGGUGAACAUGUCAGUGCUGUGGGCACUCACGUGUGCCUCAGACGGUGUGUCUGUGGGCGUCCCUGUGCAUCUGGGAUGCAGGUGCACGUGGGCUGUGUGUGUGCUUGUGUGUCAGGUGUGUGUGUGUGAGGGCACGCGCGUCCAGCCUCAAGUGUGCGUGGUAUGUAUGGGCUUGGCCCCCACCCCUGGCUCAGGCGUUUCAUCCCGAGGGGGAGGGGUGCUGGCCUAGCAGGGAAGACACACCUGAGGCCCACUUGGUGCCCUGUCCCACCCCAUCACCCCUUCCCUCAACAUCUCUGGGUGUGUGGAGUUUAGUUUUUGUGGUUUUGAUCACCCCACCCCACCCCACCUCCUGUAGGUAGUUCACAGAAAGACGUUCUGGGGUGGGGUGGGGAUUGGCUUGGGUGGGUGGGGUUCUUUUUUCCUUUCUGUGUGUGUAUGUCGUUCAUCUGAUAAUUCUCCCUCCUCCCCACUGGCCUGUCCCCAUUCCUCAUAUUUGUACGGUACAAGCAAUAAAGACACUCAUUUCAGACCGGGGCCCAACGCCCUGGGCCUUUCCUUGCUUCCGGAGUCUGGCCCCUGGCACCAGCUGCCUCCUGUUCCCGUGGCUCUGAUCACAGGGCCUGUUGAGCCACGAUGUGGGGAAGCAGGCGGAGGAGGCGCCAGGCGGUGGUGGUGGUGGGGUAUGCUCAGGCUCAGGUUGGAGGGUGUGGGGUGCGCUGGGGGGAAGCUGCUGAAGAGUUUGGGGAAAGCGCCUGGGCCUAGGGUAUAGUGGACAGGGACCAGUCCAGUCCAGUCCCUCAGAAGAUGCUUAGGCAAGAAGAGGUAGGGCGGAGAGAUGGGGUGGAAGGGGUGCAAGGUGCCACUGGGCCGUGGGAGGGAGUGUAUUCAUCUCCUCUGGCCUUAGAGCCCUGGAGGGAGCACUGCCUGCACCCCCCUUCUUUUUUGUGGCCCCCAAUUCCAAUACAGAACCUUAGUGGAUCAGGCGGAUGUUGGUGGCUGUCAGUUGGGGGCACCUCAGGUUGGGGUACAGCCCUGGCACCUGUCCCUUUAAUCCUGGAGUUCCCCUCUCAGACCCUGGGGCCAGGGCUUCCCCCUCUGAGCCCUGGCACAGGUGAAUUUAAUGACAGAUUUUGCCAGAAGGUGUAGGCCUUCACACACAGAGUCUUUGAGAUCAUAAAUGAGGGUAGAGGAAAAGUCAGAUCUUAACAACCAAGACCCAAGGAAUCUUUUUGUUUUCUAACUUCAUAUGGACUUAAUUUAGUUACAAAAGUAUGUCCUAAUGGUCAUAUGAUAAUUGGCAGAGAGGCUUAUAUAGAAAGCCUUUUGGGAAUUCCCUGGCAGUCCAGUGGUUAAGACUCCACGCUCUCACUGCUGGGGUCCGGGUUCAGUCCCUGGUCGGGGAAUCUAAGAUCCCACAAGCCCCUUGGUGUGGCAAAGAGAAAAAAUAAAAAUGCCUUUUGCUCUUCUCUCUAGUCGCAGGCCCUGGAGGUGACCGGUGCUAUAGUCUCUUGUUACACCAUGCUGUCACUCAGACCUCCGUGUGGGUCCAUGCCCGCGUCUACCUCAGCCAGUUAGUGGUUGUCUCACAGUCCAUGGACGGCCUCCCACCGGUUCCUCAGCUGCUGCCCUCAGUUGAAUGUAUAUCCUUAGAUGUAGUGGUGCUUCUUAUUUCGGUAGGAGAACUUUUCCCAAAGAGGGAGUUUUAGAGUGAAGAGUUAAUAAAAUUUUACCGACUAGGAAAUUAAAUUUUGAAUAAAUUGAUUUGUCACAUGCAUGUAGACAGUUUGACACGUUUUGUGAAAGGAGGAAAGUCAAAACUACCCCUGGCUUUGAGCAUUCCUGGUCCUCAUGUCACCUCUGUGCCAGUGGACACAGUGCAGUGAAAGACUGUCCCUCUGUCUGCAUAACUCUUUCCUCCCAGUUUAUGAUGUCAAGCCGCCGGGCUCUAUUCUGCUGCAUCUCACACACAACCCGCGCCCCCCCCCCCCCCGCCCCCCGCCCCGCCCCGGCUCCUGCCACUGUACGUACAUCAAUAGGCUGUGCUGGGUCAUUGGUAGAAACGAGGUCCCACCGCUGCCAUGCCUCCAGCGGCUUUAUGAACUUUCUCUGCCUUUGUCAGGGUGGAUGCAUCUCAGCUGAUGCAGCUGCCCCCCUGUCGACCAGAAUUUGCUUGGUUUCCAGUUUGUGUGCUGCUACCAGCAGUGCUGUAAUAAACCUCAACCGUGUAACAAUCCA